UAGGAGUAGAUAGAGAGGCUACAACCCCAUCCUCUCUUGAGCUCGUCACAAUCCCGUCUCUUCUUCCAUGGCGCCCAACCCGCUCCUCCUUUCCAUCAAAACCCUGAACCCUAUCUUCCUCCCCUUCUCCACCAAAACCCUAACCCUCCGCAAGCCCUCUCCCAUCACCUGCCGGACCUCCUCCUCCUCCGCCGCCGCUCCCCCUCCCCCGCCGCUCUCCGUCGAGCCCGAAGGCAGCGGCGCCGCCGCCCCCACCCGCGGCGACCGCUUCCUCGAGCGCCACAACUCCAUGUCCGCAGCCGCCGUCGUCAUCAAGAAGGACAGGGCAAAGAAUAAGAAGAAGAAGCCUGAGGCCAAGGCCUCCUCCGCCGUCGCUUGCUGCUACGGCUGCGGCGCUCCCUUGCAGACCACUGAAGUCGAUGCCCCGGGCUACGUUGAUUCCGGCACCUACGAAUUGAAGAAGAGGCAUCGCCAGCUUAGAACUAUCCUUUGUGGGAGGUGUAGGUUGUUGUCGCAUGGGCACAUGGUAACUGCUGUUGGUGGACAUGGUGGAUAUCCUGGGGGUAAACAGUUUGUGUCAGCAGAGGAACUUCGAGAAAAGUUGUCCCACUUACGCCGUGAGAAAGUGCUAAUAGUUAAGCUAGUUGAUAUUAUUGACUUCAAUGGCAGUUUUUUGGCACGCAUACGUGAUCUUGCAGGUGCUAAUCCAAUUAUACUGGUCAUAACUAAGAUCGAUCUCCUUCCUAAAGGUACAGACUUAAAUUGUAUUGGUGAUUGGGUUGUCGAAGCCACCACAAAGAAGAAGCUGAAUGUUAUCAGCAUCCACUUGACUAGUUCAAAGUCUUUGGUGGGGAUUGCAGGGGUCAUAUCAACGAUUCAAAAGGAGAAAAAGGGCCGAGAUGUAUAUAUUUUGGGGUCAGCAAAUGUUGGAAAGUCUGCUUUUGUCAAUGCUUUGCUUAAGAUGAUGUCACAAAAAGAUCCAGUGGCUGCAGCAGCUCGGAAAUACAAACCAAUGCAAUCUGCUGUGCCUGGAACAACCCUUGGUCCCAUUGAAAUUGAAGCUUUUCUGGGAGGAGGGAAAUUAUUUGACACACCUGGAGUGCAUCUUCACCAUAGGCAGGCAGCAGUUGUUCAUUCUGAAGAUCUGCCUUCUCUUGCACCUCAAAGUCGUCUAAGGGGACAAUCGUUCCCUGCACUCUCAAGGAAGAGUACAUUGAAGGAUACCGAUGAUGUUGGUUUAAAUGGAUUUUCAUUAUUCUGGGCUGGGCUUGUUCGCAUUGAUGUUAUUAAGGUUCUUCCACAGACACGACUAACAUUCUAUGGGCCCAAAAAAUUGCAGAUUCAUAUGGUUCCGACUGUUGAAGCAAAUGAGUUUUACCAUAAAGAGCUUGGAAUUAUUUUGACGCCUCCAACUAGUAAAGAAAGAGCAGAAUCCUGGAUUGGACUAGAAGCAGUACGUCAUUUGCAGAUAAAAUUUGAAGACCAAAGGAGGCCUGCUUGUGACAUUGCGAUUUCUGGUCUGGGGUGGAUAGCUGUGGAACCAAUUGGCAUGCAACUUGAGACUGAUUCAAACAAUGCCGAAGAUGAUAGCAUGAGGGAAUUGCAUUUGUCUGUACAUGUUCCCAAGCCAGUGGAGAUUUUUGUCCGGACCCCAAUGCCUGUUGGUAAAGCAGGUGGGGACUGGUAUCAUUAUCAAGAAUUGACAGAGAAAGAAGAAGAAGUGCGACCUAAAUGGUUUUAUUGAUGUUCAAUCGUGUAAAGUUGUGGUGUAUUUUCAAUUUUGUUGUACAAAUAUGAUGCUUUUGUCUAAUUAAAUAGUCUAAUUUGUAACUAAUCAUAAGAUUAUUUCCUUAUUCUACGGAGAUACCUCAUAUCCAUAUUA